AUGGCGCUAGCGGAGGACACGGCCCUUGAUAGGAAGGUGUGGAAGUUGAGCAUAAGGGUGGAAGUAUAUUGCCAUUGUUACGGGCUAUUGCUAUUGCUUUUUCCAUCUAUUUCCUGGUUCUUAAGUUGCUGGUUACGUCUGCCUUUUAGUAGCAUUUCAAUUGGAUGUGUGAAGGGUUUGGGUGGGGGAGGGGGUGUUUGUUUUCUUCCGUUUCUGUUUUUCUUGUUUGGACAAUAUUUGGUUGAACUUGAGAAAUGUGUAUUUGAAGUUGAAGUUAAAAAAAAGAGUAUUUGGAAGCUUAUUCUGUUUUUUGCAGGUCCUUAUCAUGGUGGAGUUUGGAAAAUGAAAGUUGAACUUCCCGAUGCCUACCCUUAUAAAUCUCCAUCAAUUGGCUUUGUCAAUAAAAUCUACCAUCCAAAUGUUGAUGAGAUGUCAGGCUCAGUUUGUUUAGAUGUUAUCAAUCAGACUUGGAGUCCCAUGUUUGAUUUGACAAACGUGUUUGAAGUGUUUCUUCCACAACUUCUCUUGUAUCCUAACCCUUCGGACCCAUUGAAUGGAGAAGCAGCUGCCUUGAUGAUGCGAGACCGAACUGCAUAUGAACAAAGAGUUAAAGAAUAUUGUCAGAAAUAUGCAAAGCCGGAAGAUGUUGGAGCGGCCCCAGAGGAGAAGUCAAGUGAUGAGGAGUUAAGUGAAGCUGAAUAUGACUCGGAUGAUGAGGAAAUGGCAGGCCCGGUGGAUCCAUGAUAAUUCCUUCAUUUCCAUUACUAUCUGUAUCUGUAAAUGAUGUUAUUUAUCCUGUUUAAAAUCAAGUUAAACUUCAUAGUUAAAGACUAUUCGUUUUGAGGGGGAAUCCCAUAAGAAGUUCCCCUCUUCUGUAAGUUUAACAUCAAUGUAAAUAGAUUUUAUGUUUAAUUUCCUUAAUGUUCUUUUC